AUGAGCGUCGUGAGAAGAAAACUAUUUGAGGAAGGAUCGAAUUCUUGGACCUCGGAUCAAACAAUCGCUGAAAGGCCAAAUAACGAAGCAGUUGAAAAUGAGCGCACAGAAAUUGUUGAAUACACUGUUGUAAACGAAGGAGAUGUAGCUCUGAAGGAGCCAAGUGUAGAGACUCCAAAUGGAUUAAAAACGCCCCAAGAAAAUAUGUUUCGACCGACAACUCCUUCGUGCUUUGAGAAGGAUCGUGAAAAGAAACUUCUGAUUAUUGACGAGGCAGAAGAUGAAACUGUUCGCAAAGGAUGGGCAGAAAAACAGACACUUAAAGGGAUACAAGUUGUAACAUGUCAUUGUACAAACCUGAUCUCGGUCUGUACAAAAGAAACAUUUCUACUUAUUUUCCUCGAUAUAUCCUCAGUGGCAGGAAACGCUAAAAAGAUAGUUUCUACGAUAAGGUACAAUCCCAAUUCUCUGAACCGUUCAACAGCAAUAAUUGGAUUAACACAGGAAGGAGAUAAAGAGGACUUCAGUUACCAUGAAAUAAAUGAUGUCAUUCAGCUUCCAGUGACAGAUGAAAGGGUGAACCAGGUUUUGUUGAAGUGGGCUGGGCACAAGUCAUGUGAAGGCAUGCCAUUGACACCAGAGAGUCCAGAAGGAAACAUUCAUUCAGCUGGACCAAAGUCUUUAGGAACAACCAAAGAAAACACAGAGGAGAAUUUGUCAUCAAUUAUAAAAUAUUCGACAUCACAACCAAUUCAACAGAAUUGUAGUAGUAGAGUGUCCCAGGCAGACAACUCUAAUGGAACAUUGGAAUCCUUUUGCAAAGUCUCCACACUCCAUAACAAUCAGUCAGGGCCAACCUAUCAACAGCUAUGUCACAAUGGCCAAUAUAUUCCUGUCAGUAGAAGUGGCUUUGCUGAUCCAUCACAGAACAAUCAAGUCACAGAUGACAACAGGUUACAUCUUCAAAACAGCAAUGUUGCUGCUCCACAGAACUUUCUCCUUGGGGGAAACCAGAUCCAAAGUCAACCUCACUCAUCACUGAUUCUCCAACGAUCAGCAGCAGAUCACAUGCUCACCCAGGAAGAUCAUGUUUCUGUUCAUAUUCCCCCAAAUGCAGUCAACACAGUGUGUCCUGAGCAUUAUAAUCACAUUUAUUACAACAUACCACCUACAAAUCAAAACAGACCAAAUACCAUUCCACCACAUUUUGUUGCUAUCAAUUCUUCCACAUGUGUCCAAAACCCUGCAGGCUUGACAUCACAGGCAGCUCCCAAGGCAGAUCACUCUGUAGUGACCACCCAAUCAUCACCUGACAGAGAAGGUGGAAAGAUAGUUGGCAGUCCUGCAUAUAUGAUCAGUGGACAACUGGGAAGCAAAGAUAUGAAAAUCACGUUACUUCAUGAUGACCUGUCCAAACACAGCUCCAAAGAGAGGAUUAGAAGAGAACGAAUUAAGGAAAGCUGCGAUCAACUCCGCUUUUUGUUACCUAGUGUUGCUGGGAAAAAAUCUGAUAUGGCUUCUAUUCUUGAAAUGACUGUAAAAUAUGUGAGAAUGAUCAAGGAAAGGCUUCCACCAGCUGUCCUUCAAGAGAUCUCUCAGAAUAUUGCUGACACAACUGCUACACUUCCUAGGAAAAGAACCAGGGACUUAUCAGCAAAUAUUAAACAAACACGUCCAAGACUUACACCACCUGCUAACAUUCGUGAGGGACCACCAAGAUUACCACACCCUUUACCACCAUUCUACAUGACGCCUGCACCAUUUCAAGGCAAGGCUCCUACAAUAGUAACCACAACAGGUCCUAUGUAUGUGCCCCACCUACAUAUCAGGCCUGGUCAUGAACACACCCAGAUUCCUUUACAACAACAUCAAAUUCAUCAAGCAGACCCAGCCAGCUUCAGACUGGCAACAUCACCUCCUUCUGCAUUCAACAGCUGCCACAAUGAGAAUUCAACCAGAGGUACAAAUACAUUUCAGCAUCAACCAGGGCAUGAACAUGUCAUGAUUAAUCCACACCAAGAUUACAAUGCAACCCACUCAUCAUUCCACUCUAAACACAUUUUUCAUGGAAACCACCCUCCCAUUCCUCCUGUGCCUGGCCACAGUUAUGACAUGCCACAGCAAUGGAGCUUUUUAAAGUUACCCCCUAUUGGAAACAUUUUUCAUUCUUUAAGUUCAAGUAAUUCAAGCCAAGAAAGUGGUAAACAUGAUCCUUGUGAGUCUGGGAGAUCUACAUCAACAGAUUCUUCAUCAAUGACACCCCCACUUUGGGAGAGCAGUGGAAAUCUCGUAAGUGCAGGAAGACAAGAUCAUACUCAUAUUGACAGUCCUGUAAUGUUCAAAGGUACAUCAAUGUAACUCCUGAAAAGGAAAGCUCCACUUGAAGCCAAGUGCAAACUUCUUUCUGCAUGAAGGUCUAGGAGAACAUAGGUUAACUGAGAAAGACAGCCAAACAUAUAAUUAUAAAAUUAUACACAGAUCAAUUUAAGAUUUUUGGGAACCUCUCCUCAUACAAAGGGAUAAAAAUAGGAGCAUAUAAAGCCUUUGAUAAAUGUAUGGCAGAUGCAAUUGAUAUCUGGGAAAACCUCCUAGUGUUCAGUUGAUUUAGACAAGGGUUGGGUUCUCUAAAAAUUAAGGUCACAAUAGAGACAAAAAAGGUGCUAUCAUACGUGUGUAGAAGGCUAAAGAACUCUGCAUUUGAUAUGUUGACCUACACAGGGUUUUCUCUGUAAGCAAAAGGAAACCUCAACAGAUAUAAACCAUUACCUGAAUAGAAAGCACAAUUUUCACUUUUCCAUUGUUGUUAAUAAUUUUGUACAUCAGAUCAAAGUCAAAAUAAGAGAUAGUUCUAGCGUGAACAUGGAUGCUACAAGCUCCUAUGAAUAGUCACACAUUUGCAAUGCUUAAAAUAAUGAUCUAUGCCAUGAAUUAUCACUAUAAAUAAUUAUUACAGUUCAUAAUUUACUGGCAAGUUCUACAAGCUGCUUUUAAACUAGAAAAAGGGAAAUAGAUCACUUUGACAAUGUAAUAUGUUUAUCAUUUGUCAAUCAAAGAGAGAAAAUCAUUUUUAAUUUAGGGUUAAAUUAUGCAGCACUUGCUCACAAAAGACCACUAAAUUUAUUUGAGUGAAGUGGCUAGUUUUGGGACCAUAGUUUCCUGAUCUUGAGUUUUCAACAGACUUCUAUAGAAACCUUACAGAUGGACAAGAUUUACUACACCUGAGCAUCAUAACUUGAUGUAAAGACUGAGAUGUUUUUUUUCCCCUCAUGAAAAAGUUGAUGAUAUUUCAUAACAUUGUCAAAGAGGUACAAUUCCUGAAGCAAAAGUUUUAAUAGGGAUUAGGUCAUAAAAAAAAUUACAUUGGAUCCAUUUUCUUAAGUUUCAAUAAUAGCAAUUUAUCAGGUGGUAAGACUUCAUCAUUCACAUUUUAAAAUAUUCUAAGCCAUAAGUUGUGUUUAUAGAUUGCCUUGAGUUAUUCCUUUACCAUAAGUUACUUCUUUAAUAUGUAUUUGAAUAUACAGGCAUAUUUUGAUGUACAAAGUGUAUUAAAAAAAGUUUCUUUGCUAUGUUUUAGCCAAACCAAAAAUGCAAAAACAAAUUGGAAAUUUGAUGUUAUUAGUGGACUUGAAAGUUUGACACAUUUUCAUGGUUAAUAUUAUUACAACUUACAGACUUGAUGAAUAAAUUAUCAUGAAAUCAACCAGCUUAAUUAAUGUCUCAAAAUUGGUCACUAUUAUGUUAAAAAUAUCUCUUAUUAGCAUAUACCACACAAAUGAAUAGCGCUUUUCAUGCACUUACUAGCUAAUUUGGAGGCAAAUAGCAAGUACUAUUCACCUCUGAACAGCCCAUGAGAUGAGUGUCAAGAGUAUAAUUUCUGAACAUUUUUCGGAAUAUUGAGAGAAAUAAACUUAUUUUUUAGAAUCUGUGUGGUUUAUACUAAACCAAUUAUUCACUUCAGGGGUGGAUAAUUACCUCAAUUUUAGUGAAUUGAUUUUGUUGUCCAACUGCACAAGAAUAACUCGUGAACAAAGUACAGGUAUCUUGCAAUAUUUUACAGUUAGUUACCUUACACUGUGAAAAAAGCCCAUUUAACUGGCUGACUGUGCAUGCUCUUCUCUAUCUGCUUUGUUUUCCCUGCCUCAUGAAAAUUGAGCAAACACACUUGG